UCGAAAAGGGGAAGCCAGUUUUCAGUUGUAACCUUUUCUCUUGUUGUGUGUUUCCACUGUGCUGGGGGGUGGAAGGCUCACAAAAUGGAAGGCUCUAUUGCCCUGAAGCAAAAGCCUGGUAGUGGUGCUUUGUUCGCAUUCCAUAUUGAGGUGGGUGUUGAUAACCAAUCGGAUCAAACCUCCUCGAGCUCUAUGAAUGCUAUCACAACGAGUUUCCUGCAAAGAAUCCGCAAUGUGAAGAACACGCAGUCGUUCAGAGACACUGGCAUGAUUCUGGCUAUGCCAAAUUCGGCGGUAAGACAAGCAACGUUCGCAUGGAUGACUCGCCAUGAGGUGGGUGUCCAGCUGAUUGACAGCUGGCAAAAUCUCAUGGAUAUCGUUGCAGCAGGGUGUAAAAGAGAUAUGCAGAGCACCUGCAGAUUAGAGGUAUGGGAAGGAGGAGGACUUACCCAAGAAGAAGUGACGAGGGCUUCGAGUUCAAUACCCCACAGCGAAGACCACGCCAGUGCCAACAUGUCUUCCAGCUGUCGUCACCCUGACCAUCCAUUGUCAGACUGCGAGGCAGAUGAGACAUCAUCCUGGGAUGGCCUCCCUUUGCAAAAUUUGCAUGUCGUGAUUGUUAUUGACAUCGACAUAGUCCCGAGAACGUGUGAAUCCUCUGAAGAGGAUCUGAAGGGUUUUGUUGAGCUUUUGAUGCCUGCUGCUUGUCUGGAUAAGAGUGCCUGCAAUGACAGUGACACUUGUCAGGGAAGGAUUGGCUCCCAUGCUCAGUCUGUUUGUUUGAUCUGGCUAGUUCCUGCAACAAUCGGGACACAGACUCGACACAAUCUACAGUGUCUCGGCAAUUGCACGUCAAGCGUCAAGCCGCAGUGCCUGGUAACAUCGCACAUUGUGAGCAAGCCAUUUUAUUCCAGUCGCAUGUUGGAGGCUCUGGAAAUAGCAGCUGCCACUGCAAACUCCUGCAAACAUCAUUUCACUUGCGAGUCGCAUCUCAUCGCCGACAAGGAGAUAGAGAUCAUAGUUGACGGCGAUAGAGGGAAAGCAGCAACAGAUGAGGACGGCGGACGGUAUGCAAAGACUUUCGCAAGGCCAGAUAUCUCGAAACUUGUCCGUCCAGGUAGCCUGCAAGACCAUGAGCUUGAAAGGUUUGCGUGUCGAAUGAACUUUACAGAUUUUGAGUUCGACGUGCUGGAAAAUUCAGGUCUUGUGAUCAACCAGUGUGACAGGUUGGCGAAAGUGCUCCAAGAUGGAACCAAGGGAUGCGGCCUUGGUCUGAAAGUGAAGGGGGGUUCUGAAGACGUUCUGCCCCCAGGGACAUAUGCUGGCUGCACAGACAAGCGGUUCCCUGCCGAUGAAAGUAAGGGUAUGAGUUCAUCAUCAACAAAGGAGGUGGAAGCAGCGAUCACUCAGUUCAAGGCAGAAGACGUAGAAGAAUGUAGCAGAAAGUCCGUGAGUAACUCGGUUACAGCUUGCUUGCCACAUUCAGCCGAACAUCAGGUAUGGCGGGCAAGAGCUGAUGCACAGAGUGGGAUGCCAAAGCCGAUGCAGCAUCCUGAAGACCCGUCAUUGUCUUCCUCACAACGAGCGCGAACUCCACCGGCCUGGCUUGAAAGUGAUAUGAGCGUCAAGCUGGGAAUAGCUGCUUCAACCGUCUCCAAUAUCAUUCCAGACAUUGCGAAAGACUGUGUUCCGCCUCGCUGCAGUCCUCAAGCCACAGACGCCACAACCGUCGUUACCCAAAGUCAUCCUCAUUCAUCGAGGCAGCUCGCUGGAUUGAAGAUCCUGGUUGCCGAGGACACACCACUUCUCCGAAAGCUUGAAGUAACCUCGCUCCAAAGACUUGGGGCAGAAGUUGUCGGUGUGGAAGACGGGAAAAAGGCAGUGGAAACAAUUUGUGAGGGAGCUGAUGGUUCUUCGAAGAAACGAUUUGAUUGUGUGUUGAUGGACUGCCAGUCAGUCUGUGGUCAAGGUGGUUGGAUAUGGCUAGCAGAUCCAGGCACGGCGGUACUGACGGUUGGAAGUAUGGAAAGUGGCGGUAAGUACAACGGUGGUAGUGCUGUUCUGGGAUGUUCCUGGAUGGUACCGUUGGCCAAGUAAGUAGAAUUGUGCUUAAUGAUAUUAAUUUAUUUAUUGAUUUGUUGGCUAUUUUUUGCAUAAUUGUGGGUGGGCUGCGGCGCGUGGGGCUGUAGACGUAAGCACGGCGCAAUACGCGCCAGUGCUGAAACGUUUCAUAGGCAUUGGUGUUGGGUGAACAUAGGCGCGAUUUCGCACCAGGGGAAACGCUGGAUAUUGGCGUAGGCGCAAUACGCACGAAGUUCUUAAUCGCCGCAGCUCAGCGGAGAAGCUCGGGCAUGUGCUUGCGUAGGAUGCUCAUGAUGAAGGUAGGAAUAUUUAAAGAGUAGUAACGGAGUAGGAGUCCUCAAUCUGAGUGGCGUGUGAAUAGAAGGAUUGAUUAUCCUUGAUAGUAGGCUGUUUUCAAGGGUGUGCGGGAGGAGGUGAUAACGCCAUGAUAAGUAAAACUCAUGUCAUCUU